CGAUCGAUCGAGAUAUCGUGUCAACGUGCCGGCCGGGGCGUGGGAAGAUGAUGAACCUAUCGGCUGCCGCCAACGGCCGCGACGAGUUCCCCCCCUACGUCGUGCCGUCCAACGCGGCCGCUCCGCCCCCUUCCCUGCUCCCAACCAUGGAGCAGCAGCAGGAGAGCAGCAUCCACAGGGAGCAUCAUCAGCUGCUGGGCUACAACCUCGAGGCCAACUCGCUGGCCCUCCUGCCCCCGUCCAACGCCGCCGCCGCCCACCACCACACCACCUUCGCCGGCGGCCACAGCCCCCACGACAUCCUCCACUUCUACCCUCCUCCUUCCGCCGCCUCGCACUACCUCGCCGCCGCCGGCGGCAACCCCUACAGCCACUUAGUCUCCGCGCCCGGGACCACCUUCCACCAGACCUCGUCGUCCUACUACCCGCCGGCGGCGGCGGCGCAGGCCGCGCCCGAGUACUACUUCCCCACCCUCGUCAGCUCCGCCGAGGAGAACAUGGCCAGCUUCGCCGCCACGCAGCUCGGCCUCAACCUCGGCUACCGCACCUACUUCCCGCCCAGAGGAGGCUACACGUACGGCCACCACCCGCCGCGCUGCCAGGCCGAGGGCUGCAAGGCCGACCUCUCCAGCGCCAAGAGAUACCACCGUCGCCACAAGGUGUGCGAGCACCACUCCAAGGCGCCCGUCGUCGUCACCGCCGGUGGACUGCAUCAGAGGUUCUGCCAGCAGUGCAGCAGAUUCCAUCUGCUGGAUGAGUUCGACGAUGCUAAGAAGAGCUGCAGGAAACGCCUAGCGGACCACAACCGCCGCCGCCGGAAGUCAAAGCCAUCGGAUGCUGAUGCCGGAGACAAGAAAAGGGCACAUGCGAACAAAGCAGCUGCUGCUAAAGACAAAGCAGAGAGUAGCAGCAAGAACAUGGAUAUCGGAGAUGGGUUGGGCGCACAGAUACUGGGAAGUGCACUCUUGUCCAAGGAACAAGAUCAAGCCAUGGAUCUUGGAGAGGUGGUGAAAGAAGCAGUGGAUCCCAAGGGGAAGGCAUCAAUGCAACAGCAUUACGGCUUCCCCUUCCAUUCGUCGUCAGCAGGAUCUUGCUUCCCCCAGACCCAAGCCGUCUCCAGUGAUACCACAUCCAAUAUAGGUCAAGUGCAAGAGCCGAGCUUAGGGUUCCACCAUCAUCAGCACCACCAACACAGCAACAUCUUGCAGCUCGGCCAGGCUAUGUUUGAUCUCGACUUCGAUCACUAGUCAAUAUGUGAUGCACAUGCACCCUCUCUUUCUCACCCCACCCCUCCCUCCCUCUAUCUUGUUUGUGCGCGUAAUCCGAAUAUUUUUCCUUUUUAAAUUAUCUGUGUUAAUUACUGUAACGUGGACAUAAUAAUGAUAGUCUAUGCUUGCCAUGCAA